AUGGCGUCCCAGCCCUCCACCCCAUACUGGCCGGAGCCCCAUCCCGACAUCCCAGUCAUCUCCGAGAGCGACAGCUUCGGCGAUCUCGUUAGGAAACUAUCCUUCUACUUUACCGAUUCGUUUUCGCUGCCGACCACCUUCGACGAGCUCCGCACUUCAUCACAAGGACGUGCCUUGACCCCGUUGAUAGAAUACCUUACGGACUCUGUCCAUCACCCGGCUGUAGUGUCGGCCCUCUUAGCGCUCAAAGCACACUUUGCUGCUCUUGAGGAGACGAGUGACGAACCCGGCGUCAACGAGGGCAGGGGUUACGCGUGUGAAUAUGUGGCAUGGCUGUUCGUGACUAGUCUUUCGGAACGUGAGGCCGUUGAUCUUUUGCUGUUCGAACUUCCGCCUACCACACGGUCAGCAAACGAUGGCUCCAGCGUAGAGCAUAUGUCCAAUGGCGAAUCCAGCAGCGCUGUGACGGAAGACGCACCUCUUCUCCGUGCUUCCCAAAUAGAAGAAACGUCUCAUUUCGGCACCGACAGCAUACAUGGUACCUCUUCGACGUCUGCUCCGCGCUCGGACGAGUUCGCCUCUCAAUUCGAACUCUUGAGCGCCUUGGAGGUUGCUGCGGUCUCGAAUGCAAAGAAGUUCCUCAGCCAAAGAGCAGUUCAGAAAAUCAUCAAUGGCAUAUGGCGGGGCGACAUCGUUUUCUGGGAGACGAUGAGUGUCAACUCCGUUAAAAGGGCAAAGCUGUAUAAUCGUCGACGCGCUGAUCCAUUCACGCGUCUUCGGGUGCCUCAAUAUCUCAAGGUAUUUGAGACUCUGUUCUUUGCCACCUUUCUGGCCCUUUAUUACGCCGUACUCGUUGAUAGGAGUGAGUCCCAUAUCACUCCUGCGGAGGUACUCCUUUACGUUUGGAUAGCCGGCUUUGCGUACGAUGAGUUUGGGGAGUGGAAUGAUGCCGGACAGACGAGCUUCUACGCGUCAGACUUCUGGUGGGCCUGGGACAUCAGUAUUGUGCUCGUCUCGGUCGGUUUCUUCGUACUAAGGAUCGUCGGCAUAGUUAGGGCAUCGUCUGAAAUCACUGAGCUAGCUUACGACGUGCUCGGCCUCGAAGCGCUCUUCCUUGUACCGAGGAUUUUCUCUCUCCUGUCUCUCAACCCAUAUUUUGGCACAUUGAUUCCCUGCCUCAAGGAAAUGACCAAGGAUUUUGUCAAAUUCCUAUCGCUAGUCCUGAUCCUCUACCUGGGGUUCCUGACAACGUUUAUCCUGCUGGCAAGGGGUGUUUUCACUCCAAGGGAAAUGGCAUGGAUUCUUGUUAAAGUAUUUUUUGGGUCUUCGUAUCUUGGUUUUGAUGUGGCUAAGGAGAUAUCGCCGUGGUUCGGCCCACCCGUCAUGCUCGUCUUCAUCGCUCUUACCAACAUCCUGCUCAUCACAUCGCUCAUAUCGCUUUUGAGUAAUUCCUUGACCAAGGUGUUGGAACAUGCAAGAGAAGAAUACCUGUUCGUCUAUUCGGUCUACGUGCUUGAGGCGUCUACAUCGAACCGCCUAACCUACUAUCUUCCCCCGCUGAACCUCAUUCCACUUGGUCUCCGGCCGCUCCGAUUGUUUGUGUCGUCGGAGCAGCUCAGGAGUGCCCGGAUUCUACUUCUCAAGGCUACACACUUACCCUUCAUAGCGGCGAUAUGGGCUUACGAGCAUUUCGCCGGACAACAGCGCAGCUCCGCUGCAGCGUCCAUCUCUGGUCCGGAAACACCUGGACACAUCAGACGUCCCCUCCGGCCUGCCGUCAACUCCCUUGGCCCGUGGAAGGCAGCCUGGAACCUCCCCGAUGAAGGGAACGGCGCAGGCUCGGGCAGGUUGCAGGCUACUCAACGGCCUCAGACUAGAGCGGGAGUCGCGGAAACAGAAGCCCAGCUCCGACCGUUGGUUCUCAAGCUCACCACGCAAGUUGAGCAACUCACAGCCGUGGUUGCGCAGCUCCAGCAGCAGCGUGAAGCGAGCACGGCCGCUUGA